GUAAAUAUGGUGUACAAUGGAAGAUUAAAGAUACAUUAUACUGCUUAAGAAAAUCAGGUUCAUUCUCCUGAGGUAUCGUUUCUGAUCCUUCCUGUCUUGAAGCCGAUCUCUGAGAAUAAGGAAGACUUGAAGUUCAUGGAGCAAAUGUUUUGAAAGAGACUGCUGUUGCAUACUUAAUAUGGUUAUCUAAAUGAAUACUUAUUAAAACCAUUCAGCUCAUCACUGCAUUUACAGUAAAGAUAUGCUUUUUCUGUUUGUUCUUUCUUUUAACUUCAAAGAUGUCUUGAAGAAGCAUCUUGAUGAGAAGAAAAGAAAUCUGAGAUCUAAUCAAGCUGAUUAUGAGGAUAAACAUUCUUCGAUCAUUUUCAAAGCAGCUAAGAAGCAAAGAGGAUUUCUAUUAAGGUCGUAGAGCGAACGGAAGGAUCUGAGAUUUACAUAUCAAGGAUCUUAAGCUAAGGAUACCCCAGUAGAAGACUCGAGUGUGUCUUUAACUAGAAAAUAAAAUCGUUGAAGAGAAAGCAAGCUGAAAAUGUUUGUUUAUUAUUAUAUCUAGAGCUCUAGCUCUACACAUCCUUUGUUCACUCAGCCCAUUACUAUUAGAAUAUUGCUUCAAAUGUAAACUUCCGAUUUGAUUUAACGGAUUUAAGGCAUCAUAAGUUUAACUGAAAAAGGAUCUAUUUUGGAGUUCUCUAUAUUUGAGAACAGUGAGAGUUUUAACAUACUAAAUAUGUUAUUUUUGAAUAAUACCUGCUUCCGUUCCUGGAGAAAUCUCUGCUCUUCUGCAGAUGUUAUCUAUUUUCCCAAAAAUUAUAUGUGAGUUUCUUAGACUUCUUUAUAAG